AUGUCGAGUGUAAUUAAAUAUCAAAAGUGGAUUUAUGAGUGUCAACAACUUAUUUACAAAGCUGAAAUUCGAAAAAUUCGGCGAAAAAGGAUAUUAGCAGCUCUCGUUCUAAAUGAAAUUUUAAUGUGUAAAAAUAAAAAAAAUAGCAAAAAACAAUUUUGGAUUCAUCCGUUAUUUAAAUUAAGAUCCGACCAUGGUUUCUUCGAAGCAGUUUUUCCUACACUCUCUACGCAUCCAGAUAAAUUUGAAAAUUAUAUACGAAUUUCAAUAAGUCAAUUCGAACAGCUUUUAUGUUUAGUUGGCCCUAUGAUAACAAAGAAGAAUGCAGUAAGGGAACCUAUUUCAGCAGCAGCACGACUUCUAAUAACUCUACGAUAUUUAGCUACCGGUGAUUGUUUAACAUCUUUAUCCUAUCACUAUCUAGUUGGGGAGACUACCACAGCUAGCAUAAUCACAGAAACAUGUGAAAAUAAUGAUACCCAUUGUAAUCUGGAUCACGAAAAUGCCCACGAUUGUUUGAAUGAGGAGCUUCAGAGAGAAGUUGAAAAUAACUCAGCUUUUAGAAAAGUAAGAUUUCCUGGAAUAAACAAUAGCAGUCGCUCUGCAAUUACAAUUCGAAAUGAAUUUUGCGAUUUCUUCAAUGCUGAAGGAGCAGUUCCUUGGCAAUAUAAUCGUUGUUAA